ACGACCCCCUCCACUCCCCGCUCCGACCGACUGAUCCCCGAAACGGUGGCGGCGGUUUGUGGUCGUUGGUCUCAGGGAUUUAGGACCAACAUUUGAAGACCCGAAGGGGAACUGCAACCAUGAAUGAAGAAAAUAUAGAUGGAACAAAUGGGUGCGGUAAAGUCCGGACUGGUACUCAGAAUGAAGCAGCAUUACUUGCUUUGAUGGAAAAGACUGGUUACAACAUGGUUCAAGAAAAUGGGCAAAGGAAAUUUGGUGGUCCUCCUCCAGGUUGGGAAGGUCCACCUCCACCUAGAGGCUGUGAAGUUUUUGUAGGAAAAAUACCUCGUGAUAUGUAUGAAGAUGAGUUAGUUCCUGUUUUUGAAAGAGCAGGGAAAAUAUAUGAAUUUCGACUUAUGAUGGAAUUUAGUGGUGAAAAUCGAGGUUAUGCUUUUGUGAUGUAUACUACAAAAGAAGAAGCCCAGUUAGCUAUCAGAAUUCUUAAUAAUUAUGAGAUUCGACCAGGGAAGUUUAUUGGUGUGUGUGUAAGCUUAGAUAAUUGCAGAUUAUUUAUUGGAGCUAUUCCCAAGGAAAAGAAGAAAGAAGAAAUUUUAGAUGAAAUGAAGAAAGUUACAGAAGGAGUUGUGGAUGUCAUUGUUUAUCCAAGUGCAACUGAUAAGACUAAAAAUCGCGGUUUUGCAUUUGUUGAAUAUGAAUCUCAUAGAGCUGCUGCUAUGGCUCGGAGAAAACUAAUUCCAGGCACGUUCCAACUAUGGGGCCAUACCAUUCAGGUAGAUUGGGCUGACCCAGAGAAAGAGGUUGAUGAGGAAACCAUGCAGAGAGUUAAAGUUCUCUAUGUAAGAAAUUUAAUGAUCUCAACUACAGAGGAAACAAUUAAAGCAGAAUUCAAUAAAUUCAAACCUGGUGGAGUUGAACGGGUCAAAAAACUUAGAGAUUAUGCUUUUGUUCACUUUUUCAACCGAGAUGAUGCAGUGGCUGCUAUGUCUGUUAUGAAUGGAAAAUGCAUUGAUGGAGCAAGUAUUGAGGUAACACUGGCAAAACCAGUAAAUAAAGAAAACACCUGGAAACAGCAUCUUAAUGGUCAGAUUAGCCCUAAUUCUGAAAAUUUGAUUGUGUUCGCUAACAAAGAAGAGAGCCAUCCGAAAACUCUAGGCAAGUCACCCGCUCUUCAAGCCCGUCUCAAUGGUCAGCAUAGCCCUAGCCCUCCUGAAAUCGAAAGAUGCACUUACCCAUUUUUUCCUGGAACAAAGCUUACUCCAAUUAGUAUGUAUUCUUUAAAAUCAAAUCAUUUCAAUUCUGCAGUAAUGCAUUUGGAUUAUUACUGCAACAAAAAUAAUUGGACACCACCAGAAUAUUAUUUAUAUUCAACAACAAGUCAAGAUGGCAAACUACUCUUGGUAUAUAAAAUCGUUAUUCCUGCUAUUGCAAAUGGAUCCCAGAGUUACUUCAUGCCAGAUAAACUCUGUACUACGUUAGAAGAUGCAAAGGAACUAGCAGCCCAGUUUACAUUACUUCAUUUGGACAGGGAACACAAUCUCUUCAGCCUGGACUUAUGUAGAAGAAUUUGGAGAAAAUAAACAGGUCCUUUCUGAUGUUGCUUGAACUUAUUCUUCUGCAGUUGAUCUUAUUCCUGCUGGCUAAAUAUUAAGUUGCAUGACAACAUUAACUUAAUGUUUGUAUAUUUUAGGCCUCAUUUAUAGUUACAGGAAAAUAUUGGAAAAAACCUUACCUGUGCA